UUUUUUUUUCUUUUUCUUUUACUUGUCUCUAUCAUAAUAAUCAUGGGCGCUCCUGCGGCUGGUUCAAGUCGUCGCUGCUGCGUGUGCACUCGCAAGCGGCUCGCCAUCUGGAUGGGCGCGCUUGGCGCUCUUCUCCUCGCUGUCGGCAUUGCCAUCGACCCUGCCGUCAACUGGCUUGUCAAGAUGGAAGUCAAAGACUCCGUCAUGCUCACAAGCACCUCGUCGGCGCUCUACGACCAAUGGCAAAACCCUUCCAUUCCAAUCUACAUGACCUUCUUCAUGUUCAACGUGGAAAAUCCCGAAGAAGUCUUUGACCACGGCUCUCCGCCGUUUGUGCGCGAAAUGGGUCCCUAUGUCUACAAUGAACUGCGCAUCAAGGUCAACGUGACGUGGAACGCCAAUCAGACCGUCUUGACCUACCGCCAACAUCAAACGUACAUUUUCAACCAGGAAAUGUCGGGCACGAACACGGAAGACGAUCAAAUCACGACAAUCAACUUUGGCCUUUGCGGUCUUGUGGGCUUGCUCUACACCAAGGGCCUGGCCGUGAAGAUGGCCAUCGACGGUCUUCUCCAGGCCUUCCCGAAGGAAAAGUACUUUAUGACUCGUCCCGUCCGCGAAAUUCUCUGGGGCUACAAGGAUCCCCUGAUGUCCGCCUUGCACUUGGUGGACAACACCAUCGACCCCAUCAUCGCUUUGCAGCAGAACGACUCUGCUCCCGACUGGCAGUUUGACUCGAAGAUUCUCACUGGCAAGGAAGACAUCAACCAGGUGGUCCGGUACAUUCAGUGGGAUGGCUUCACUGAGCUUCCCUACUGGGGCUCCAAGUAUGCCAACAUGAUCAACGGCACGGACGCGUCGCAGUUUGCCCCAGACGUGCAAGAUGAUUUCAUUGCAGCCGUUUUCGUCGACUCUAUUUACCGCUCUGCAUACCUUCUCUACCACUCAGACGUGAGUGUGGAGGGAAUCCGACUCAAGCGCUUCACCAUCGACCCGAUGCUGCUCGCAAAUUCUACAGUCAACCCCGACAACGCCGCCUUCUACGACUUUGGCCCAUCUGGUGUGUUGAACAUGAGCACGGCGGCGGGUGCUCCUGUCUUUGCUUCCAAGCCGCACUUUUUGGACGGCGAUGAAAUUUACCGAACCAAUGUCCUCGGUUUGCACCCCGUCCGCGAGUGGCACGACACCAACCUUGACAUUGAGCCAAUCACGGGCGCGCUGAUGCAGGCAGCCAAGCGUCUGCAGCUGAACAUGGAGAUUCGCAACGACCCCUACAUUUUCCGCACGGGCAAAACCCCGUACGCGAUGCUCCCCAUCUUUUACGGCAACGAGAGUGUUUGCAUCACGGCCGAUCUUGCCGGCCAGUUCAAAGACCAAGUGUACACGCCGCUUAUCGCCUCGACCGCUGUUCACUGGAGCGGCAUUGCACUUGGCUCGAUCAUGCUUCUUGUCUGCAUCGUUCUCGUCGCACUCCUCGUUCGAGAGCGUCGUUCUGGCCUUGACCUUUCUGCAUACAAUGUCAACCAAGGGGAAGACUCGGCUCUCCUAGGCAAAGGACAAACCUGGGAGUAGUCUGCUCCGCUGUGCGUGUUGCUUGCUUGAUUUUGUUGGCAUCUCACUCUGCCGACUUGAUGUCUGCUCCUGCUCGCGUUUGCUUUUGUUUUGUGCUUUCUGUCGCGUGUGCUCGCGUAUGUGUUUUGAUUUGAUAUUCCUUCAUAAAACGGUUAUUUCAUGAAAAAAAACAAAG